ACUCUAGUUCGAAGCUGUCCCUGGCCACUUCUCGUUCCCUUGUGGAGUGCCAUCCUUUACGCCGUCUGGAAACUGCUCGGCAAUGGCAGCUUUACUUCGUCAUAUAUCGAGGACCCAAAAGCAAUUUCUUCUUCACUGCCGAAGCUUUUACCCUGCGUCGUCCUCGUUACAAGGAGUGCCAUUCAUCACUUCGCCUCGAGUGAGAUUUCUGGGAACUGCUACAGAAGUUGUUCAUGGAUUUGAUGACAUGAUGACUGGAAACCAGCGUAAGUAUUACAUGCUUGGGGGGAAGGGGGGUGUUGGUAAAACAACCUGUGCUGCCUCCCUUGCCGUCAAAUUCACGAAUCAUGGACAUCCUACUAUCGUGGUUUCAACUGACCCUGCUCACUCCUUAAGCGACUCUUUUGGCCAGGAUUUGACUGGUGGCAGGCUUGUUCCAGUUGAAGGAGUGGAUUCACCAUUAUAUGCACUCGAGAUAAACCCUGAGAAAUCUAUGGAAGAGUUCCAUGCGGCCAGUCAAAAUGUUGAUAAUGGAGGUCUAAAGAAUUUAAUGGAGAGUAUGGGACUUGGAAUGAUUGCUAAACAGCUAGGGGACCUGAAACUGGAAGAGCUGCUGCAUACUCUUCCACCUGGAACAGAUGAAAUCGUAGCAAUGUCCAAGGUGAUGCAUUUCCUUGAGUCAUCAGAAUAUGAUAAGUUCACACGGAUUGUUUUUGACACAGCACCUACGGGUCAUACACUUAGGCUACUGUCAUUACCUGACUUCCUGGAUGGAUCUAUUGGCAAAGUAGUGAAGUUGAAGAAAAAAUUGUCUACAGCCUUCAAAUCUUUGUUUGGAAAAGAAGAAGCUGGAAUUGAUGCUUCAGACAAACUAGAGAAACUCAAGGAGAGGACGGCAAAAGUACGGGACCUUUUCCAGGAUCCAGACACUACUGAAUUCAUAAUAGUAACAAUUCCUACGGUUAUGGCAAUUAGUGAAUCCUCAAGGUUACACGCAUCCUUGAAGAAGGAAAGAGUUCCAGUUCAAAGGCUUAUCAUUAAUCAGGUCUUGCCUUCUUCAUCGGAUUGCAAGUUUUGUUCAAUAAAAAGGAAGGAUCAAAUGCGUGCUAUUGAUCGUAUUCGUAAUGAUUCAGAACUUGUUGGUUUGAGAUUAUACCAGGUACCAUUAGUGGAUAUGGAGAUAAGGGGUGUCCCGGCUCUCAAAUACUUGGGUGAUAUGCUCUGGAGAUAAAACAAACAUUUUAGAUAUGCGGAACGCGAGCUAAAAUAUAGAUAGGCCUGUCUUUCCUCGCUUUGAUCCCUGCGUGCUUGGUUUGAGAGUAUCUGUAUUUCUUAUCCUUUUGGCUCCUUAUGGAUGCAUAGCAAGGAGUAGCAUAUGAUGCUGUUCGUAGAGACACUGGCUGAACAGCUGUGGUGAUCUAUGGCAAAUUCCUUGACAUCCAUUCAAGGAGCGAGACAGAAUCUCAUGUUUCUUUCUCAUCUCUGGAAUCUCUGCUGGGAUAAAAGUGGUAUGAAACAUUGAAACAAAGCUGAGACUGAGGAAUCAAACGUUUAUGGCUGAGACUUCAACGAUUACAGAUUCUAACUACAGAGCGAGCGAUAAAGUCUGCAUGUCAAAUGGGUUUUAACGCACUAUACAGUUCCUGUAGCAGAUUGUGUCAAAAAAUGGCAAGUAAUAUGAAUUGAUUAUUCGUCAUAAAAGGUAGAAUAUAAUUAAUGUAUGGUUCUUCUGUUUUUCAAAAUUAUUUGAUUAUUGAAGGACAAUGUAUAUAUUUGAUUUCA